GAUAUUUCUUUUAAAAAGUUUGAGGUAAACAGUCGAUCCCUUAGCCACUGAGUAAAAUUUUUAUUUGAAUGAAUAUGCUGCGUACUUUGCCAAGUGCAUUUAAAGUGUGUAAACGCUUCGCUCCGAUACGUUUCUUCAGUAGUCUUAAUUCUGAAGAGUUUUUGAAGGUCAGAAAUGAGAAUGGCGUACGCGAAAUCACAUUAUGUCAUCCGUCUACACGAAAUUCGCUUUCGAUGGAUAUGAUGUGCGUUCUAGACGAGGCUCUGAACAAGGAUCGGGAUGAUGUGAAUCUCCGUUGCAUUGUCCUCACUGCCGAGGGAAAAGUUUGGUCGGCUGGUCAUAACUUGAAGCAACUACAGCCUGAUGAUUUGAAAUAUCGUGAUGCAGUAUUUCAGAAAUGUACGGACCUAGUUCUGGGCAUAAAGAAGUUGCCUGUGCCGGUGAUAGCAAAGGUGAAUGGGUACGCUGCUGCGGCAGGCUGCCAACUGGUGGCCUCGUGCGACAUUAUUGUGGCUACCGACAAGAGCAUGUUCUCAACACCUGGUGCUGCCGUUGGCAUCUUUUGCAAUACGCCCGGCGUAGCUAUUGGACGCGUUAUGUCACGUCCCAAGUCUGCGUAUAUGCUUAUGACUGGUCUGCCAAUAAGCGGCCAAGAGGCCUACAUUGCCGGCUUGGUCACCAAAGUCGUUCCCGAAAGCGAGCUGGACAAAACGAUCGACGAUAUUACCAACGCUAUCAGAGCGAAGAGCCGGGCAGUUAUUGCCCUCGGCAAGGAAUUCUACUACGAACAGCUAAAUCUGCCACUUGAGCAGGCCUACGUUAAGGCCAAGGCAAAAAUGAAUGAAAAUCUGGAACUGGAUGACUGUAAAGAAGGCAUGUCUAGCUUCGUUGAGAAACGUCCGCCUAAUUGGAAACAUACCAACUGAAAUCGAGCCACGCUCUACGAACUUUUCAUAGAUCUGACCAAUUGUGCAUUUAAUUCUUUAUAGAAAAAUAUAAUAUAACACUUGUUACACUUGUUUUAUUUAU